GUUGAUCAAGUUAAGAGAAAUGAAAGUGAAAGCGAUCUGCUGCUUACUCCAAAUGGUGCUUGAAUGACAAGAAAAUACUCUAAUGUGUCGUUAUGAGUUCAAUCUUCAAUCGGUUAAUCUAUUUGUUUAUCUGUACAGCGAUCACAGUUGGGCGGUCUGGCAAGCAGGUGUUAUGGUUGCCGUGUCAGUUGGUGGAGGAGUACGUUGCCUUGAGUAAGGAUGGCCACAAUGAAACUCACUUCCAGUACAGAGAUGCUGGCCUGCAGUUUGGUCACGUUAAUGACCCUCCCUUAAACCCCCAGGCCAUCACCUUCUCAGUAACAGGUUCGAAAGUGGACCUACGUGUUCAUGUGGAAGGGUCAAGUGACCAGGUGCAGUGUGAGCUCCGCAGGUUCAUUCCUGAAGUGCCGCAGGUGUGGGCAGGACCAGGGGCCCGAAAGAAUGACCUCUGGUUCACCUGCACCCUUCGCCAUAACGACGGCCUCUUCACCCUCAUCAGCCUUCUUAGACACACGCCUGUCACGCCCCCUUAUUCUUCAACACACCGCUGGCCACCCAUAGGAGACAGAGAUACACUCACCACUGCAGCUGCCCUGAUGGUGCUGACCCGCUCCCCAGUAGUGCAUGUGGGUCUGCGUGCUGAGCGCCGGCUGCACUGCCAGUUCUCCGUGGACCACAGGGGGGCGCAGCUGAGCGCAACCUGGAUACUGCAGCGGCGUGGGGAACGCUCCACCCUGUUCAGCUACGCGAGCCAAUCAGGGCUCACACAGGGCAGUGGGGUAGGGAUGAAAGAUCUGGUGUUAGGGGACGCCUCCCUCUCCCUCCCACUCACCAAAGUGACCAGCGAGGGCACCUAUCAGUGCUCUGUGUCUGUGGCCCCCCUGCACGCCAACCUGGACAUCACCUUGACCAUCAGGGAGCCCCCCCGCGUGUCCCUGAACCUGGACUCCACCAUCUCACUGGUGGAGGGUGAGGACGUGAAGGCUGUGUGUGAGGCGACGGGCUACUACCCCCUAGACGUGGACAUGGAGUGGCUGAGGGAGUCUCAGGAGCAGGGCCUGAUCCCUGAGAAGCUGCAGAAUGUGCUGUACUCCAGCCACCGCCACCACCAGGAUGGAACAUACUCCCUCUCCGCCUUCUUCCUGCUUAAGGCCCGCCUCCAGGACUCAGGCAGCAAAUACUUUUGCAGGGUGUCUCAUAGCUCACUGCGCAUGCCCGUCCGCAAGAGCUUCACUCUCACCGUGACCGAGCCAAGCAGCUGGUGGCCGGUGCUGUGCCUGUGUUUCAUCCUGCUAGCGGUGGCUCUGCUGUGUGUGCUGUUACCCCACCUGCACCUAUCUAAAGAGAAACACACGAAGAAACCCUACUGAGAAAACAUGCCAGAGCUGGACUGGAGGAGAACCAUGGAGAAGCUUUUCUCUCGCUUAUUUGGACUCCUCCUCCUCUAACCCCCGACCUCACCUUCCUUCUACGCCCCCCCGCCCCCGAACCGCCUUCCUCCUUGCAAGCCCCACAUCCCCAGAGGCUGAUAUUGAAUGUUAAGGGGAAAACGCGGCUAACAACUCCAGAUCUGUGAACAUAAAAAUAUUUUUUAAUUCAAAA